AUGGCGCUGUAUGGUGCACCGGUGUGGGUGGCGGCUCUGACCGCCCCGAAUAGGGCGCGCCUCUGGCGCCCCCAGAGGGUAUUGGCGGUCAGAGCCAUACGCGGAUACCGCACGGUGUUCACCGAGGCGGCUUGCGCCUUGACCGGAACACCUCCGUGGGAUUUGGAGGCGGAAGUGCUUGCCGAAGUGUAUCGGCGAGUGGCUGACUUCCGGGCGGAGAGCGGAUUUCGCCCUCCGCCCGAAAACGUGUGCGAGUGGCGCGAAGCCGCUCGCCGAGCCACCAUGGUGAGAUGGUCGUUCCGGCUGGAGACACCACGCGCUGCCGAUCAUCGCCGAGUGGGCAGGGCGGCAGCACGGGACCCUUACCUUCCGGCUGACGCAGGUGCUUUCCGGGCACGGUUGCUUCGGAAAGUACCUGUACUCGGUCGCUAG